GUAAUGAAAGGACUCAAUGUAAUGCAUUUCUUAGGCUGUUGCUGACAGAAACAACCUCUUUCUCUCUUUCUCUCUUUCUCUCUUUCUCGACCAGUUCUCCGUCUCCUUCAACUGUUCCUGCAGAUUCCCCCUCUUCUUCUUCAACCUACUCACGGCAGCUUCCUCCGGCUCCGACGACGCCAGUAACAAACCACUUCCUAUCCUCCCUUCACCAACUAUUCCCUAAAACUCCACCCACUAUCCAAUAUGUUUCUAACCUUCCGGAUCUGAAUCAGACCCUAAAUCUGAAACUGGCUUCUCUCUCUAUAUUUUGAGUCAGAGAGAGAGAGAACAAUGGCUGCUAUGAUCUUCCAUGUUUUCUCAUCCUCGGCGCUCCUCUCCCUUGGCCUUUACCACAUCGUCUCCGUUACCCUCAAUUUCCUUAAAUCCCCUCUGUCCUAUUCCGCCAGGCCCUACCAUCCUUUCCCGCCGUCUUCCUCGCAUCAGCUUCAUCUUCCCCAUCAUCAGCAUCACCAUCACUACGGCCUCCGUUACCUGCAACUCUAUCUCUCAAUCCCAUGUCUCGUUAUCGCCUUUGCCCAUCAAGCCAUUGUCGCCGCCGACCCUGACCCUCUUCUCAAGGGUAGCACCCCUGUUCACCAUUUCAUUUCUCUUCAAUCAGCCGCCGUCAUCUUCCUCUUUCUCAUUCUAACGCUCGCCAUUCUCCUCUCCGACUCCACCUCUCUUCUCCCUCUCCCUUCCGAUCUCUUCUUUGCCCUAGCCUCCGCUCUUUUCUUCUUGCAAUACUCUGUUUCUUCCUCAGCUGCUUCUGUUCAGACUUCCGAUCUUCAAGCCAAAUGUGAUUCUGUCUCCGGUAAGAUCUCCGCCCUGGCCUCCUUCCUCUGCCUGGUCCUUGCUUGUUUGCCCAGGCUCUUCGUCGCCGAUGUGGGUUUGGGGGCAACGUUCUUCCUCCAGGGUCUUUGGGUGCUGCAGACGGGGCUUUCGCUCUAUGUCGAAGCCUUCAUUCCUGAAGGGUGUCACAGGUUGCUGGAUGUGGUGAGUGGCGUGGAGGGAUCCACCAAGUGCGAUUUGGAGGAAUCCCGGCUCAGGGCUGUUGCCAUUUUGGAUCUUGCUUUUCUGAUCCAUGUUAUGUUUGUUCUGCUCAUUGUAAUUGUCAUUUAUGCUGUCAUUGCCAAGACUGUUGGCGUUCGGAGAGUUGGGUCUUAUGAAGCUUUACCAGCUGCUGCUAUUGGUGGGGACAACAAUCAUAUACAGAUGAAAGCAUUGACGGGCAAUCAAGCUUAAUCUCUUUAUUUGUCUCUUCUUCUUUUGGAGCGAAAGCUAAAAUCCAUUCGCAGGUUUGCUUUCAAUGUUUGUUGGGAGAAGGAAUUGUUUCACAAAAACAUUACCUUUCUUUUCUUUUCUUAGUCAUUGGUGGUUCAAAUAUCAAAUGUGCCAAGUUAAAGUAUUUGUUUUAGCACAUCCUUUGAAGAUCAUUUGGACGAGUCACUGAAACAUUUGACCAAAAUGUUAUAUUUGUCAAACUUCAAAGAUUUUAUGUAAAAAGUUUAGGAAAUGGCCAAAAAUAGGUCAACUUUGGC